GCAGCUCAGCACUUGCUGGACUUUGCUUCGGUGUGGGAUCACCACACUCUACAUUCUUCAUUCAUCAUUCUGUAAUCUUUCAAUUUUUUCUAUAUAUUUUACCUUCAGGAUCUCUAAACUUUAUUCACCAAAAUGAAGAUUUUUGAGUGGAUGCAAAACAGAAUCAAUGGGAGCAAUGGAAAGAACAAACGUACUUCAUCCAUUUCAGCUACCCAUUACAUGAAGCAUGAACCUUGCAAACAAGAGUUCAGUGACUGGCCUCAAGCACUCCUUGCGAUUGGAACGUUUGGGAGCAACAGCAUGAAAGAAGAUUCGGGUGGAAGGAGUAACAACAACACUGUGGAGGAUUCAUCUUCCUUCAAGGAUUGCACACAAGAGAUCACGCUUGAAGAAGUUGCAAAUCUUCAGAAUGAGUUCAGCAUAUUCUUUAAGGGGCGAGUGGAGCCAAAUUUGGGUGGUGAACAAGAAGAACACGCCAAUGAUCUGACCAAGGAUUGUUUGAACAGUGAGCAUUCAAGGUUGGAUUCUGAAGGUAAAGAAAAUGAAUCUCUUUCUGAUGCCAACAACAGAGGUGAUUUCUACCCAAGCAAGAGUAUAGUAUUUAGCAGGGGAAAAGAUUACUGUUUGGAUCAUAGCAGUAAGAGAGGUGUUGGGAAGAAAUCACUCUCUUUUCUUCUUAAGAAGAUGCUUGCUUGCAAAAGUGGUUUUCAACCUACCCCUUUGUUCAAAGAUCCACUCUCCACAGAGUCCAGAAUGGAGAAGAUUUUGAGGGCAAUACUUCACAAAAAGAUAUAUCCCCAAGGAUCAUGUUCAGCUACACCGUUCAUAAAGAAGUACCUUGAAGCCACACCAAUUUCUCAGUUUGAUGAGGAGGAGGACAAUGAAGAUGGUGAUGAUGAAGAGGAACUUGCUACUGUUUCAGAAAAUGGAAGUAAAUGGGUGAAGACUGAUUCUGAAUAUAUUGUUCUUGAGAUAUGAUUGGUUUGAUUAUGCAUGGUGAAGUCUUCACAUGGAAGGUAGUAGCAUAAACAGCAUGGAAGAUAUGAAGUAGUGUUCCUACUCUUUUGGAUGUAUGAAUCAUGCCAAGGAAAGCUGACAAACAGGAAGAAGAAUCUGGAAAAGUUCUAUGUUUUACAACUUUAAUGUAGCCCAUGAAUGUCACAGCAUAAUCCAGUUUCUUAUAGAUGAGAUCUUAACUUCUGUAUUUGUAAUAAAGUGUGAUUAAUUUAACAGUAACAAGCUUUUUUUCGUAUCUUUUUCAUUCACCUUUGAAGCUUUUAGUGUAACUGUGCACCAACGAUAUACAUUAUUGCAUGGUUGGUUGAGGGUCACCACCACCAUAUGUCAGUAAUGUGGAUCAAUCGAAACCUGACAUAUAUACUUCAAAUCUACUAUAUAUCUAAGAAAUUCUUAGUGUAGGUAAAUUACUGAAAUAGACAUUUUAAUUUAUUGACACGUGGUUGAAAUUGAGGGUAUUUUUAUCUUUUUGAUGUGGUUGUGUUUUCGCGACUCGAACGUCUUUUUUAAAUAUUGAUUGACGUUGUCAGCAGCAUCCUUCUUCUCCAAGGCAAUCACCUUUCUCGAGGCAAUCGGUAGGAUCUUCUUCUCCAAGUCAAUCAACUUCGUCGAGCCGUUUGAAAUGCUGGGGAGAUGGUGUUUAUUGUUAAAAUAACACAUAGAAGGAUUUUUCAUGUUUUGCAACUUCUUGGACUGAUAUCAUUUGUUGACGUUGUCUGCAAAUUAAAUCUUGAUGAAAUAAUUGUGGGUGAGGCUGAUGUUGUUGAUUGUGGCCAACAUGAUUUUGAUCACUACAACAAUUAUCAUUGUUUCCCACACUAAAUCUCAAUUCAUGUAGUUCAAUUUUUAAAUUUUUUUUGGCUAUCGUGUUAUUUUUUUCCUAACAAUGGCAUUAUAUGAUUUAUGGUUUGUAAUGCUUCUUUAGUGUUUAUAGUCACUUAAGUGUUUGUGUUCAUUGGUUGUUGCAACCGAUAGUUCUAGGAGUUGAAUUUACCUUCGAUUGAUUGAAUUUGGUACCUAAACGGUUAAAGGCAAUUGAAGACAUUUUAGAUUGUGGUUUGAGUAACAAAGGUGUAUGAGAUAAUGCUAUCUUUGAUGUUUAGACUUGGUUGAUUGUAUACUUACAUGGUUAGCAUUGAAUUUUAAUUCAUCAUAUGCUAAAUAAAUGUACCAUUAAAUUCUUAUUUUAUUUCUGUUGUAAUUAUGUUAAACAUAAUAAAUAUUUAUAUUCAAAAUC